AUGUCUGUUUUAACUAUGCUGCCUUCUAAACCGUGUCUUGAACAACCUAUGCACUUUUCAGAAGGGGCUGGAGUCAGAUCAUUGAAAGCACAAAAUAGAGAAGUGGCUCUCUGGUUACCUAAACGGAACUCGGGCUCUUAUCAGGCCAUUACCGACUACACAAAAUUUUUGAUCGGAAGAUUCGGCUCACGUGCACCAUAUCCUACUAGUCCAGACACUUCGGAGCUCCAUUCGCUUCCCAAUGUUAACUCGGAAACUAUUAUGGCCGAUUUAAGUGUUUUUGGUGUGGAUCUUCCGCCUCCGACUCCUUCCCAACAAACAAUCACUCUCUUACCACGACAAGACACCUGUUGGAUCACAUACAGGAGAUUUUUUAUCCAAGACCUUGCUCUGUUUGGCAUUCCGCGUGCCACACUAGCUUGGGAGUCACCGCUGAGCUCGCCUUGGAACGAGAUGAUGCUGGCGUUCUUAGUGAAGCACUGGAAAUGGGCGAUGAUGCAAGGCGCAUUCAAUCGAUACUCGGUUGAUAAUAAAUAUUCCACUGAUGAAAUAUUCCGAGCUGUCAUUGAGAGAUGGCAUCGAGGAAGAACGAGCCAAGAUGAAAAAUAUCGCCGCAGGAAAAUGAAGAACCAACGGCGAGCUACCAUCUCGUCUCAGAUUUUUCGUUACCGCCAAGACGCUUUAGAAGAGUUUAUCGAACUUGAAGACAAAGAGCUUCUUCCCGCCGCUUUGAACCUCCUUCCUCGUGCUAGCUGUUGCUCAGAUACCGAGGACGAUGGACCCGGGAAACCGCGUGCUGUAGGCAUGGUUUGGAGGAGUCAGGAAUACUCUGACCUUCUGCAUCUGCUUGAUACGCUUUCCUUCAAUCAGCAGAAGGCUAAGCAUGGUGCAAGGUGGGGGGCUCGCCGGCUCGACAUGAGAAGAUCUCCAGCUAUUCAAAUCUCAUCUAAGGGUAAAGCUCCUCGCAACCUUCCAUCAAACUGUUACUGUCCUGUUUGGAAGGAAGCCUUCGGAGAGAGCCAGAAACAGCUUUUGACUCAAAAUCCGGCCAGCGCGGUUCUUCCUUUGCUGAUUUCAAAAAUACGUACAUCACUUCUUUAA